GGGCGCGCGCGGAGCUGCAGCCGCUGCCGCCCCGUGCGGCCGCCGCCGCGCCACCUCCGCUCCGCUCCCCUGUCCCCGCCAUGGAGUGAGGCCCCCGCCGGACGGCCGGACGGGGGGGCCCCGCCGCGCCUCGAUGGCUCUGGUCACGGUGCAGCGCUCGCCUACCCCCAGCGCCACCUCCAGCCCCUGCGCCUCGGAGGCAGACAGUGGGGAAGAGGAAUGCCGGUCCCAGCCCAGAAGCAUCAGCGAAAGCUUCCUCACUGUGAAAGGUGCAGCUCUCUUCCUGCCACGAGGAAAUGGGUCAUCCACUCCCAGGAUCAGUCACAGGCGCAACAAACAUGCAGGGGAUCUCCAGCAGCACCUGCAGGCCAUGUUCAUCCUGCUCCGCCCAGAAGACAACAUCAGACUGGCUGUAAGACUGGAAAGUACCUACCAGAACCGCACUAGAUACAUGGUGGUGGUGUCCACCAAUGGCAGACAAGACACGGAGGAGAGCAUCGUCCUAGGAAUGGAUUUCUCUUCCAAUGACAGUAGCACUUGUACGAUGGGCUUGGUGCUGCCGCUCUGGAGUGACACCUUGAUCCACCUGGAUGGCGAUGGAGGGUUCAGCGUAUCAACAGAUAACAGGGUGCACAUAUUCAAGCCCGUGUCUGUACAGGCAAUGUGGUCUGCUCUGCAGAGUUUGCAUAAGGCUUGUGAAGUGGCACGGAGCAACAAUUACUAUCCAGGGAGCCUCUUCCUCACGUGGGUCAGUUACUAUGAGAGCCAUAUCAACUCCGACCAGUCGUCAGUCAACGAGUGGAAUGCCAUGCAAGAUGUCCAGUCCCACCGCCCUGACUCGCCUGCCCUCUUCACAGAUGUCCCAACUGAGCGGGAACGCACGGAACGGCUGAUUAAGACCAAAUUAAGGGAGAUCAUGAUGCAGAAAGAUUUGGAGAACAUCACCUCAAAAGAGAUACGCACGGAGCUGGAGAUGCAGAUGGUGUGUAACCUGCGGGAGUUCAAAGAGUUCAUUGACAAUGAAAUGAUAGUGAUCCUUGGGCAGAUGGACAGCCCCACACAGAUAUUUGAUCAUGUCUUUUUGGGCUCAGAAUGGAAUGCCUCCAAUUUGGAAGAUUUGCAGAACAGAGGGGUGCGGUAUAUUUUGAAUGUGACUCGAGAAAUAGAUAAUUUCUUCCCUGGGCUCUUCGAAUACCACAAUAUUCGGGUUUAUGAUGAAGAAGCUACAGAUCUUCUGGCUUACUGGAAUGAUACCUACAAAUUCAUCUCCAAGGCAAAGAAAAAUGGUUCUAAAUGCCUGGUGCACUGCAAGAUGGGAGUGAGCCGCUCAGCAUCCACGGUGAUUGCCUAUGCCAUGAAGGAAUAUGGCUGGAACCUGGACAGGGCUUACGACUACGUGAAGGAACGGCGCACCGUCACCAAGCCCAAUCCCAGCUUCAUGCGGCAGCUGGAGGAGUACCAAGGGAUCCUGCUGGCCAGCAAACAGCGGCACAACAAACUGUGGCGCUCACACUCGGACAGCGACCUCUCAGAUCACCACGAGCCCAUCUGCAAGGCUGGGCUGGAGCUGAACAAAAAGGAGAUCACCACCUCAGCCGACCAGAUCUCAGAGGCCAAGACCAACGACAACCAGCAGCCCAUGUCUCCCAUCUACUCAGCUGAGCUGGACAGAGAGCAGCAGCUCCCAGAGGACACAAACAUGAUCGAGGAUGUGUGUGUGAAGGAGAGAAGGAUCCACUUAGAGUUUACUUGCAGAGACUUCCACGCUGAGCAGAUGGAGGACAAGCUGAACCUGAACAAUAUCAAUGGCUGUACGGCGGGGUGCUGUGUAGACUCUGUCCCCCCUGACAACUGCCAUGCUUCUGAGGCCUUAAUGCAGCUCCAGCACCCCUUGGAAAUAACGGAGUUUCCUGAUCUGACAGUGGACGAUCUAGAAAAAGAUGCCCUUAAGCCUGAUAUGAACGUGCACUUGGUUCCCAUGGAAGAAUUCACUUCAUGCUUAAAAGACUUCCCCCAAUCCCCAAACCAAAAUUCCCCAGGUCUCCAACAGAACCCUCAGCCCGAAGUGACAGACCUCAGCACAGACAGGAUUGAUUUCUUCAGCGCUUUGGAGAAAUUCGUGGAGCUCUCCCAGGAGAGCCGGUCACGCACCUGCUCCCAUUCCAGGCCGGAGGAGCAAGGGAUUGGGAGGAAUGGGGUCUCCAGGGUGCCCAUGCUGGAAGUGCCACCUGCUGCAGAUGGGAGUGCAGAUACUCGAAGGCACAGCCCUGGAAACUCUCCUCAGGCAUCAGAUGACUCUUCCACAGAUGAAGAACAACAAAAGGAGGUCCCUGAGCUGCCUGGUGCAGGUCAUCUCACGAGAUCCCACUCGGAAAAUGCCAUUUCUGUGAAGGAAAUUAUCACAGAGAUUGAGUCAAUCAACCAGGGAGUAGGACCUGCCCAGCAAAAAGAGGGUUCAGCCAACCUCAGCCAGACACCAAAGAGGAACAUGGUGCAUGACCUGCCAGUGGAGGUGAUUUGGGCAUCAGAAAAACUGGAACAGAGUGAAGGAGCCUGUGCUGGACACCAGGAAAAGGAGAAGGACCCUCUGCCAGCUGAGCAGGAAGAAGCCCCAUCUCUGCAGCUGUCUUCUGGUAAAUCAGACCUGGAGGAAAGCAGCUCUGGUGGGGAGCAGCAGGAGCCUCGUGGCUCUAUCAACCCUGAGCCCAAGUGGUGCCCCGGCUCCGUCCGGCGCGCCACGCUGGAGUUCGAGGAGCGCUUGAGGCAGGAGCAGGAGCACCAGCACACAGCCCCAGCCUGCACUUUACUGACCCGCAAGAACUCCAGGAACGACUCCCCUGCUGCCGAGCUCCUGCCACGGGGGAAGAGCGAGGAGCCACCCCUGGAGCUGGCUCUGGAGGGUGAGAAGGUUCAGGGUCCAGGCGCUGAGGAACCACUGCUGCCUCCUGGGGCAGAGCAGCCUGUGGGCAGACACCUGCCUGCACCCCUCGGGCCCCCUGCCCAGGAGUCCCUGCCCGCAGAGCCCAGCCCGGGGCAGGAGGGAGCGGCACAAGAGCGCAGGACAGUGGUCUCGUUUGACGGGACGGAGGAGCCGUCCCUGCCCUCCCUCCUGCCAAAGAGAAUCGAAAUCAUCGAAUACACUCUCACGGUGAGGCCUGCAGAGCAGCGCCCCGACACAAGCUGUGAGCAGGGCGGGCUGGCCACGGCCACCCCGUCUUUAGAUGAAAACUUGAACCCCUCGGUGUGCUUGGAGAAGGCUCCGGUGGAUCCCUCGCCGCCGGAGCACACGGUACGCAAGCAGGCCGCCUUCACCGUGGGCAGCCCCAGCGAGGAAGGCGGUGGGAUAUCUGCUCACCUCGGCGUUGCUUCUCCCUCUGCCCAGGUGACCUGUCCACCUCCAGGCAGCCUCGAGCCCUCUCCUUACCCCUACGUCAUUCACCUGGAAGGUGUCACCGAGCAGAGCACGAGUACAGACGAUGAGCCGGUCACGCCGUGUGGCACCGAGGGAGAUGCAACUCUCCCGUUCAGGGAUGGUCCCAAACCUCUCUGCGGGGGCAGUGCUGGCAUCUCGAGGCAGCUGAGCAGUGAGGACUUCAGCAGGCAGCAUGCUGAAAACAUGGACUUUCUGGACAUCUCGUUCCUGUGUUACAGCCUCCCGCACAGCUCCAGCAGCCGCAGCGUGGAGGAGCGCUCCAGCAGCCCCGGGCUGGUCAAGCAGCGGGCCAAGGAGAUAGAGGCUCGGAUCCGGCACGCAGGGCUCACCACGCCCUCCCACAUGAAGCGCUCGGCAUCCCUGGCCAAACUGGACUGCCUGGACCUCUCCAAGGAUGACUUACGUGAGAGGGAGUCAGCCUCUUCCGAUGCCAACCCGGUGCUUCUCACCUGCGUUGCCCUCGGUCGUGGCUUUUGUGGGGGGAGUUUCGAGAAGGGCUCGGAGAGUCCAUGUGGGGAGCAUCUCCUCUCCUCCCCAGAGCCCACUAGGCAUUUUGUGGAACAGCUCAGAACAGCCGAGUGCAUUGCCCAGAGCAAGCCGGUGGAGAGGCCGCUGGCUCAGUACGCCAAAGAGUGCAGCUCCAGCCAGCAGAGUUUGUGUUCCAGUGCAGAUCCGACGUGGACUAGCUCCGGGGAGAGCCCUCCACUGCUCCAAGUGCAGGUCCUGGACUCCUUGUCUCCAUCUCAAGCUCUGGCUGUCGCCCCACGGCAGCAGCACGGGAGAACUCACCCUCUGAGGAGGCUCAAAAAGACCAAUGACAAAAAGCGGACAACCAAUCCCCUCUACAACACGAUGUGAUCCUGGGCCCUUGGCUGUGAUUUCUUACCCAGAACCCGUGGUGUUGCUUUCACGCAAGGGGCAGGUGUAAUAUAAGGAACAUGCACUUUAUUGGUUAAUUUUAUAUAUAUUGUCAUUUUACUGUUCCUGGCGCAUGUAGGUGUGGGUUGGUUCUUCUAUGUGUGACUCUGACUGCAGGACUGUUUGGGUUUUUUUAAGUUUAACUCAGAUAACCUCAAAUGUUCUUUUUUUGUUGUUGUUGUUGGUUUGUUUUAAAAGAACACCUUUACCAUGAGAAAAUUGAUGUUGGCUUGCUUCGGCAAGGUGGAGUUUUGCUUACAACCAGAUCCUAGUUCCUAACUUGAAUUUUCCCCAUGCCUUGAAAUGGUGCUGGGCAGUUGGUGGGGUGAGAGCCCCUGUAAAUGUGAAGGUUGUGCCAAGGUCCCUUUGUUUGGCCUUUCUUUUAUUCUGUAAACUGGAACUCCACGAUGCUGGCAGAACCCUCACAAAGCUGCUUCAGGACAAACCCCCUGGGCUCGCUUCAGCUGGUGCUUCCCCAAAAGGAGCACACAGGGGUAAGUCCUCCCGAGGGAUGGGCUCUAAUAACCCUAGGCAGCACCUAGACCAGCUUUCCUGUCUGCCAUGGGGCACACAGAGCUCUCUGCUCUGUGCUGAGGUGGGGCAGAGCUCCUCCAAGAGCUGCCACAUUCACCUCUACCCCCAAAGCCAGUGUUCUUUUAAAACAAACGCCUCAUAAGGGUUUUAACCCUCCCAUUACUUGAAUACUGCUGUGGGCCUUCCAAGUUCAUGGCCAUAUCAUCUGUCCUCCGCCCUCCUCCUACUGCCUGCCCUCUGCCCCAAAGCUGUUCUUGUGCUGCCUGAGUUUCCCUCUCCUCUCUGCCACGCUCACGGGUGUUUCUGGCCGCUCCCCAACCUUGAGCUGUUUUUGUUACAUGACAUACUGCCCUUAAUGCAAAGCUUUGUCCUCUCUGCUGUCACUUCUAACUCUGGACCCAGAGAGAAAAUCUUUUCGUGAAGAUUUUUCUUUUUCUUUUUCUUUUUUUUCUUUUUUUUUUUUGGGGGGGGGGCUAAAUUGUAUAUAUGAUAUUUAUAUU